ACACCAGGGAAGCGACGGCGGGGAUGAUUUAUCCACCAGUCCCCGGAACCGGCUGUCGUGACCCGGAAGAGGUAGCCUGCGCGGGAGGAAGAACGUGGCGACCGAGCUGACGUGAAGGAAGCUUCAGAUAUUUUCCAAGUCUGUGAGCAUGGAUUACUUGGCUCACUCUGGCACACUCAGCCUGGCUGCUGCAGUUGCCUGUGGCAUAUGUUUGGGCUGGGGCCUCCGAGUUCGAUUUGGGGUGACCUCCAGGACCCCCUCAGUAAAUGGUUCAAACCCAGUGAAUAAGAAAAGCCCAGAGGCUGAGACUGAAGCCAGCAUCUUGGGAGAAAGUGGGGAGUUCAAGAUGAUAAUUGUGGUCCGCAAUGACUUGAAGAUGGGGAAGGGAAAAGUGGCAGCUCAGUGUUCUCAUGCUGCUGUUUCUGCCUACAAGCAAGUACAAAGGAGAAAUCCAGAGCUUCUGAAACAAUGGGAGUACUGUGGUCAGCCCAAAGUGGUGGUCAAAGCUCCUGAUGAAGAGUCUCUGGCUGAAUUGCUUACUCAUGCCAAAGUACUAGGACUGACUGUGAGCUUAAUCCAAGAUGCUGGGCGUACUCAGGUAGAACCAGGCUCUCGGACUGUCCUAGGAAUUGGGCCAGGACCAGCAGAUUUAAUUGAUAAAGUUACUGGCCAUUUAAAACUUUAUUGAGCUGAAUUUUUUGUGGCGAUGAGGUGCAAGUCUUCUUAGACUGAACCUCCAUUUUGUUCUAAUAAUAAAAAAUGACCUGCCCUUUUAA